UUCUUGCCCUGGUUGACCCUACGGCCGUCAUAUAUCUCCAAUUGUUGGAUCGAAACGCCUCGCGCGUCCUUCGACUCAUCUCCCUCCAUCUCAGUCGCGUCGCGGCGCAUCUGCCACCAUGUCCGAAUACAGUUCCCUCAAGGUCCCGGAACUGAAGAAAUUGCUCCAGGAAAAGUCACUUCCUGUUACCGGUAAUAAGGCGGACCUGAUCGCACGGCUCCAGGAGCACGACAAGGCCAAUGCUGCACCCGCUCGCGAGAACGAGGACGAGAUUGAUUAUAGUGACGAUGAAGUCCCCGCUACUACACAGUCUGUCGAGCCUACCAAGCCCGAGGAACCGGCUGAAGCCGUCGCGCCUGUUCCUGUAGCCCCUCCUGUCGAAGAGAAGAAGCAACCAGCCGAGCCUGCUGAACCGGUCGAGUCUGUGAAGGAUGCUGCCGCCGAUCCUGCCACGGUGACCGAUGAACCGGCCGAGGCUGCACCAGAAGACCCGGCUGCCCCAGAGGCUCCCAAGACUGAUUUUUCUGCCCAUCUUCCCGCUUCCACCGUAAAUGACGAGGCGCGCAAGCGCGCCGAGCGAGCCAAACGCUUUGGUCUUGUCGAGGAUGAGGAGGAGAAGAGAAAGACGGCACGUGUCGAGCGCUUCGGCGUCGACGAGUCGUCCCUGGUCCAGGGCCUAGACGCUGCCCUUCCCGAGAGGCGGCCUGCUAAGCGAGGCCGGGAGGGAGCCAACGCGGAUGCUGACCGGGGCGCGAAGCGGCAAAAUCCCGGUGCUCGACAGCGAGGCAGGGGCCGUUUCCGCCAGGCCGGAGGCAGCAGACCUGGCGUCGUCGUCAGGAAGGAGGGAAAGCCGAACGCACCCAGAGGAAAAGUAAUCCUGGACGACCCGACCGAGAGGGCGAAGGCCGAGGCACGGGCGAAACGUUUCGGCGGCGCCUAGAGGCACAGGCGGUGGUAGGUCGUGUUGUCCGGCCCGACCGAGAAGGGGCAAGAGCACAAGAACGAGUUGGUGUUGGGUCUCCUGUAGAGAGGGCCGCUAUCCCUUCUCAAUUUCCUAGGUUGAUAUCGAGAGUCGACACGUCGGGCGAUUCGAUCUGGGGACCAAGUCCGAGGACGCUAUCGGCUACCAUCCACGACUUUUCCCGGUUUCCUCUGUACACUAUAGUUGGCCUUUUUCUUUGCGCCUCGCGCAGUAUGACCAUGCGCUACCUACUUUUUCUACGCACACGGCUCGCGUUUGACCCCACACGACGUCGCCAUAUUCU